GAAUUGCUUGAAUGGCAUGAUUUGUUGCAUUGGCAACAAGACAAUGAGUUUAUACUGACAAAGCACCGACGAGCAACCUUUUCCUAUCAGCGCUCGCUCAGGAGUGUGUUCCAAAUUCACAAUGAGACCGUCAACAUUUGGUCGCAUAUCUUGGGUACUGUGGGCUUCCUGUAUGCCAUGGGUGCUUUGGAGCUCUACAUGAGGGAAUUGGACAGGCAUGCAAAAGAUGAGUUGGCAGUGUUGAUCUACUUCAUCUCGGUCAUAGCAUGCUUCUUUUUUUCAUUUGUUUACCACAUAUUUCUAGACCACAGUCAAAGCGCCCGCACAUGGACAAGUCGCUUUGACUACCUCGGCAUCGUGGUUCCUCUCUGGGGUACCACCAUCGCCAGCACCCAUUUUGGCUUUCGCUGCGAACCUGACCUGCGCAAGACUUACAGUGUCUUUGCUACGGGCGCAGGGCUCGCAUGUGCAGUCACUACACUUCAUCCUUCCUUUACCGGCACGGCUUCCAAGGGUUUCCGGACAGUAACCUAUCUUCUCCUUGGGCUUUCUUCAUUCCUGCCCAUUAUUCACGGUUUGCACCUCUUUGGGUGGCAGCAAAUGGAGCAGAGAGUGAGUCUCUCAUACUAUCUCGCACUCGGGCUUUGUCACGGCACAGGUGCAGUCACGUAUGCAAGCAGGGUGCCUGAAAAAUGGUAUCCAAAACGUUACGAUCUUGUCGGUAGUAGCCACCAGAUUAUGCAUGUGCUGGUUGUGUGUGGCGCGACAGCAUAUGGCUUAGGUGUGCUCAAGGCAAGAGAACAUUGGAAAGGCUUCCACUGUGCGGGUCUU